AUGCCAUCGAUUCAAACGCACAUCAUAAUCAACGCGCCGCCAGCAAGCGUCCGACGGGUGUUUUUCGACUACGAGAGCUACAAAGACUGGAACCCCUUUUUUGUGAACUGGCGCAAAUCCACCCACCAGCAGACCGCGCAGUUGCACGUUGGCGAUGAGUUGCAAAUCGAGAUGAAGUUGAAAGGGAUGAAUCAUACCAGUACCAUGUACCCCACGGUCUUGCAAGUUGACGAGGACAAGUUGGUGUGGCAAGGGUGUUUGAUUAGCAGCUGGAUAUUUUACGGGGUGCAUACUUUUGAGAUUGAGCCGUUGGAUGAUGGCGGUGCCCGGACCGUGUUUGGGCAAAGCGAGGAGUUUGGCGGGUUGCUAGUUUACGUUUUACAGGUGUUGGGUGUGUUUAGAAAGACGGAGGAGUCGUUCAAGCUUUUCAAUGAAGCGUUGAAGGACCGAGUUGAGAAUUUGGACGCCCCUAGUGCUGUACACGCACAAGAGAGCAAGUGA